GGGUGAGGAAGUGGAGUGUUUGAGAAGUUGAGAUUUUGAGCGUUUUGGAGUUCGAGGGAGUGAAGGUGUAGCUGGGUAUCCUUGUGGGAGCUCGGCCUCCUCUGCUUUCCCCUACCUCCUCUCACCCUCUCCCUGUCCUCACCAUGCCGAGCCAGUGCAGGUUAUUGGUGAGGAAUGCGGCCCAGCUGGUGCAGGUCAGUGACAGUGGGGCCCAGUACCUGGGCAAGGCCGAGAUGCAGAGACUGGUCGUGAUCACUGGGGCCAGCAUUGUCAUCAACAGAGAGGGUCUGAUUGAGGCCGUGGGGCCAAAUGAACUGAUCCAAUCCAAGUAUACAGGAGUUACAUUUGACCAAGAAAUCGACGCUUGUGGGAUGUGUGUGCUGCCAGGUUUGGUCGAUGCUCACACUCAUCCGGUGUGGGCUGGAGACAGAGUUCAUGAAUUUGCAAUGAAGCUGGCGGGAGCAUCCUAUAUGGAGAUUCACAAAGCUGGAGGAGGAAUACAUUUCACUGUCGAACACACGAGGAAGGCGUCAGAGGAGGAGCUCUUUGAGAGAUUGAGAGGGCGGCUGUGGCGUAUGGUCAGAACAGGGACCACGCUGGUGGAGUGUAAGACGGGUUAUGGCUUGAACUUGGAAACCGAGACCAAAAUGCUGCGGGUGAUUGAACGAGCCCGAAGGGAACUCGAUAUCAGCAUCUCCUCCACAUACUGUGGUGCUCAUUCUGUGCCGAGAGGGAAGACCCCAGCGGAAACCGUGGAUGAUAUCAUUAGAGUUCAACUCCCCAAACUGAAGGAGAUGAUGGCAAACGGUGAAUUUCACAUCGAUAACAUUGAUGUGUUCUGUGAAAAGGGAGUCUUUGACCUGGAUUCCACCAGAGCUAUAUUACAGGCUGGCAAAGAGAUGAAACUCCAGAUUAAUUUUCAUGGUGAUGAGCUCUAUCCAAUGCAUGCAGCAGAGCUUGGUGCUGAACUUGGUGCUCUCGCAAUAAGUCACUUGGAAGAAGUGAGUGAUGCUGGGAUUGCUGCUAUGGCAACUGCAAAAUCAUGCGCUGUGCUCCUUCCAAGUACCGCUUACAUAUUGAGGCUUAAAACACCACGAGCCCGAGACAUGCUUGAUGCAGGAGUGAUUGUUGCUCUUGGUAGUGACUUUAAUCCCAAUGCAUACUGUUGCUCGAUGCCAAUCACCAUGCACCUGGCAUGUGUCAACAUGAAGAUGUCGAUGAACGAGAGUCUGGUAGCUGCCACCAUCAAUGCCGCUUAUGCCCUGGGAAAAUCCCACUCUCAUGGCUCCCUGGAGGUAGGAAAGCAAGGAGAUCUCCUCAUCAUUAACGCACCAAGGUGGGAGCACUUGAUUUAUCAGUUUGGAGGUCAUCAGGAUCUAAUCAAGUAUGUCAUUACCAAAGGAAAGAUCGCAUAUGAAAAUAAAAGCUGCCUGGAUUAUUAACAGUUCUGAGUCCAAAUCCUCAGCUAAAUGAUGGUGAACUAUUCUGCAGGAACUUCAUCCAGAGUACGAGUAACUAAAAUAGAUAGAUCAGCAACUGAUAGAACCCUUCCUGAUCUUCUAUUAUUUCAUUUGUUAUUUUUUAUUCAUUUUUGGUUUGGAGUCGUGAACUGAGAGCUGAGAACUAAAAGUAAUAGAACAUAGAACAUAGGAAAGUACAGCACAGAACAGGCCCCUAGACCCACGAUGUUGUGCCAAGGAUAUUCCUAAUCUAAAAUAAAAUAACCUAACCUAUGCACCCCUCAAUU